AUGACGUUGUUUGUCACUUGGGAAGAUUUCGCUAAUGCCGCCGAGAAGCUGUACGUUGAAGACCCGAUGAAGUUUAGACUAGUAACUAAGUAUCGACACAAAGAUCAGAAGCUCGUGGUUAAAGCCUCAAACAAUCACACAACCCUUAAGUAUGUUGCCGAACUUGCUCAGGAUGUCAAGAAAUAUGAUCGAUUUGCCUCUCUUUUGAUGAGACAUAUGGUUUCGAAAUAG